AGCCGGCGCGUGCGCAAUCCAGGCGGCCUGGGUCACGUGCGGAGGGAGCAGUUCCCCCCCGCCUCCGGCCCCUGUCACGUGGUCGCCUCCGCGCCCCAGCCGGCUUCAGCGCGCUGCUCCUUCCGGCUGCGGCUGACAGGCGCCCCUCCCCCGCGGCUGGGCGCGAGCCGAGGAGCCAUGGCGAGCGGCGGCGGCCGGGCGGAGGAGGCGGCCGGGCCCGAGGCGGACGCGGAGGCCAUGGAGCGGCUGGCGGCGGCGCUGAGGCAGCGGCUGCGGGGCUGGGAGGCGGCGCUGGCGGCGGCGCAGCGGCUCCUGGUCUGGGAGAGGCCGCUGCACAGCCUGGUGACGGCCGGCGGGCUCGGGGGGGCCCUGUGGUUGUUUUCCUCCACUUCUCUGCGACCUCUCUUUCUCCUCAGCAUCUCUCUGCUUGGAAUUCUCUUGCUGGAGAGGUGGAAGCCCAGGUUCCUGUUUGACUUCUCUGCACAACCCUCGGAAGAGCCAGGAGGGGACAGUGAGAGUGUGCCAGCUGGAGCACAGCCUCACCUUCUCAGUGUCCCCGAGCUGUGCUCUUGCCUGGCUGAGAGCUGGGUCACCUUCAGGUUGUACCUGCAAGAGCUGCUACAGUACAAGAGGCAAAACCCUGCCAAGUUCUGUAUGAGGGUCUGUUCGGGGUGCCUGAUCCUGGCUAUGGUUGGACACUAUGUUCCAGGCAUAAUGAUCUCCUCCAUCAUCUUGCUCAGUAUUCUUCUCUGGCCAUUGGUGGUUUACCAUGAGCUGAUCCAGAGGAUGUACACUCGGCUGGAACCUGUCCUGAUGAAACUGGACUACAGUAUGAAAGCAGAGACGCUGCACCUGAAGCACGAGAAGAGAAAGCGCCAAGGAAAGAGUGAACCCAUGGCAGGUGAUGAGCCAAUGGCGGAGACCGAGAGUGAGAGUGAGGCAGAGCUGUCUGGCUACUCCCCAGUGGUGGAUGUAAAGAAGACAGCACUAGCGCUGGCGAUUACAGACUCCGAGCUCUCUGAUGAGGAGGCUUCCAUCUUGGAGAGCGGGGGCUUCUCUGUUUCCAGGGCCACCACCCCACAGCUGACUGAUGUGUCUGAAGACCUGGAUCAACAGAGCCUGCACAGUGAGCCGGAGGAGUCCUUCGCCAAGGACCUGGCAGAGUUCCCCUCCGUGGAAGAGUAUCAUUCCAGAGACCUGGGGCCACAAAGCGAUGACGAUGCCUUCGGGGUGCCGCUGGGCCCUGAGCUUGCCCAUGCUGCCCACGAGCUGGACUCUGCAGAAAAGGAAGCUGUGGACUCUGACCUCUCCGUUCUCCAUCUAGCUUCUCCUCUCCAUUUUGUAAAUACGCACUUCAAUGGGAACGGGCAAGCGGUGCCAAGCAGCCCAGAGCCGCAGACUGCUUCUGCCCCCAGCCUGGGCAUCUGCAUCGAUGUGCUAAGUGAGGAGAUCGUCGCCACUGCGAUCACUACGGUGGUGCAGAACACCCUCUCGGCCCUGCUGCACUCCUCUGAAGCUAGUGAGGGGCCUUCCCUCUCCGAGUUCCUCCCCACUGAGCCCGAAGAGAAACUGAACUUCCAGGCACAGCUGUCAGAGACCGAGGUGGUGGGGAUGGAGACUGCAGCUCCCCUGGAGGAGGAGGGAGAAGUGGAUGACUUUGAGCUACUGGAUCAGAGGGAGCUGGAGCAAAUGGAUGUAGAGAUGGGGCUUGGAGGAGAGAAGGAAGUGCAGGAAUUGCCCAUCGCUCCGGUUCCAGCUUCCUCCUCGCCUGCAGUUUCCGAGCUGCCAAAGCGAGAGGAUCCAGAGGAGGCAGCAUCUUUGUCUUAGGUCGUCUCUGUCGCCCCCUCUUUCCUCGUCGUCCCUGGAAGGAAGGAUGGAUGGACAGACGGACUCUUGCAGCAAUGUCCAGUCCGUUUUAGAUAUUCAUGUUGACCAGGAUGGCAAAAAGUCUGUGUUAAUGUGCUGUGUCUGGAAUAACCCAUCCUUUCCAUCCUUCCCAUCCUCAGUCUGAGUGAGGGGAGGAGCCAGGCUGCAAUUGUAACACCAACCCCAGCAAAAGCUUCCUAGUGAUGGUGCAGUAUUUUGGUCGGUCUUCUGUUUGUCUUUUGUUUUGCACGCAGAGUACUGAGCUAGAUGUAGCUGCUGCUAUACCCACAUCCCUGGUAGGACAGAUGCAAUCUUAUUUUAUUGGGUUUUUAAAUGGCUAAAAGUGUAAAUAAUUUUAAGUGUCUUUGGUUCAGCUGGGUGGGGGAAGGGGAAGGAAAUACAACUCAGAUCUCUGGGGGUGAGGGGGGCGGCAGUGAGAGGGGGAAGAGCAGCGGCAGGCUGCUUCCUACCAGCAAGGAAAAGAUGGGUGGAUGUAGGAAGGGACCUGCGAGGCUGAUACCAGAUUUUAGUAUCGUCUCCAUCAAACGGAGCGUCAGGCAUUUCCCUGUGUGUCUGGCCUGAAUUAUGCUACCUGCCUGCGUUGGAGACCACUGCUGUGAAUGGAGCAGCUUCUAGGUCUGGAUCAGUUGCUCCUUGCCCCUAUUCUGGUGCGCCCUGGUUCUCUCCUAUCUUUAACUCUGCGGCACACAGAUGGCUCCUCAAACCAUCGUGCUCUAAAUAAGCAUGACCAAGCCAGACCCCUGAGUGCUGCUUCCUCUUGUCUAGUGUCUCGCUGUGGCAGCUGGCUGGCUUUCCAGUGGCUUGGAAGGAGUUUAUAAACUUGUCUUGUGCAGCAGAGAAGACUCUGAUUGUUUUAUGUGUGAGGCUGUUUCGUGGCUCUAGUCUGAGCGGCUGCGCAGACGGUAAUUGUAUGAGGGGGACUCCACAAUCUUUAAUUUUUUAAAUAACUAAAAGCGGUUUUUAGGCAGUGUUCUGUAAUCUCUUACUGCACUUUGUCCCAAGUGCCCCCUCCCACGCCGGGCCAGUACAACGCCACUCUACCACCUGUCCUUGGCUCUUCCCUGCUGUGAGCACCUGGCAUCUCUGUUCCAGUCACUGCUGCCCAGUGAGCCUGCUCCUGCUCUGGCAGGGCUGCCCUAGCUGGGCCUGGGAGCUUUCAGGGCAGUGCGAGGGACUGAAGAGCCGCCUCUGAUCCUGUCCCCUCAAGCAGGCCUGUUGGAAGCACCUCCCAUUCUAGCCCAGUUGGAUACCCAGAGUGUACCGUGGACUAGGUUCUGGUCUCGCGUCCAUCAGGAGGCUCUGCUUGCUGUAUCGCAGCCACAGGCCAUCCUAGCUCUAGGUCCUGCCUGAAAUGGCUCUGUUGUGCUGUCAUGUUCCUGGAGCAGGGAAUGGCGUCCCUGGCCGUAGCUCUGGCAUGGGAACAAGAGGCUCUACUGACUCUAAGGGGGGAGCUGUAAACUGACUUGGCAGCUUCUGUGCACAGGCCCUGGGCUGGAGGCAGCGGAAAUGUCUCGGCCAGCGUGUGAAGGCUCAGCACGUACCCGUGGCAGUGUCUAGGCCUGUUCGGGCUAGCUUUGUCUCCACAUAGACAGCAGAGCACUGCAGGGAAACGUGGAAAAGGCCUCUGUGUAAUGGUGGGCUGUGGGAUUUCGGGUUCUGCCUUGGGCAUAUAGGCCAACAUGCCCAAGAGCAAGGCUGCCUGGAGCCCCCCUGCCUGUCUUCGCACCUAUUACAUACAAUCCCUCUGACUUCCGUAUUGUCUUCAUGUACCCCGGGGUCUGGCUGAGACUGCCCGAGCAGGGAACUGAGUUACUGCUGGGGGGUCUCUGUGUCCUCAUUGCACGUAGACUCUGCAGCGCGAGGGGUCUUUGGCUAGCGGAAGUGGAGGUGUGGGACUCUUACGUAGGUACAGGGCUGUUGCAGCCUCUAUCAAUUCUUACUUAGGGUGCUGCAGUCAAGUGAGAGGCUGCACGGCCGUGGCCACCAGUCCCUGGAGUAUGGGCCCAGGGUGGGAGUCUGUCUAGCCUGAGUGCAGAGGCAGGAUGCCUUGCCGUGCUCCCCUGCCAGCACGCUCUGUCCCAGAGCUGAGACCAUGUCAGCUCAUCGCACACCCAGGCGCAGCCCCUUGACAGGAUUUAUCUCAUAACUGACAGCAGAGCUUUUAAAUCUGCAGCGACUUGUGCUCCAGAAAACUCUCCUGAGAUCAGAGGGCUGAGAGAACCUGGGGAUGGGAGCAGAGGCCCAAUGACGUCCUUGCUACACCCCUUGGGCAGAGCAUUUUGGAGCGUUCUGUGGCCCCACGACGGCAGCUGAAGCUGGGCUUUGGCUGUCCCUCUGUAUUGUGUGUGGACUACUCUCCCCCUUUCCCUGUUUGUGCGGGACAGGGCAGACUCCAGAGGAGUUGGUAGCUCUGUCACUGUUUGCCUAGAUGGACACUUCUGCACUCUGUGUGAUUUCCCUGCUCACUGGAACAUUCCAUGGGAGUGGUGGCUUAUGGGCCUAUGAAUUCUUUAAUGGCAGCCCCUCCUGGCCUCUUUCGAGCUAGGACGAUCUGCUUUCAGAUCCCAGGUUUGGGAAGCAUUAGAUUAUUUAUUGAGUAGAUAAUAUAGAGGCACUUCCCAAAAACCUCCUCCUAGCCCAACAGAUGCCAAACUGGCCCAAAUGGAGCCUGUUCUCUCCCCCUUUACCAGAGCAGUGUAGCCCCUCGCAAGCAGUGCUCUUCCUCGGAGGACACCAUGUCUCAUGAGGGUGGCUGCAGCCUGCUUUGGAGUAAAUUAGAUAAGCUCCUGGUAGGCUUCCAAAGCAACACGUGAGCCCCCUCGUCCUGCCUCGCACUGGGAAUCCUGGCCGCAGCACAGCAUCCUGUGGUCUACCAGGCCGUGUGCGUGGCCCACGUGGCAGCCGCCCACGUUCAAAUGGUGCUAACAUGGUUCCAAAAAGCCCCUGCCAACGUAUCCAGGGAACAGGCUGCCGUGUGUCGCUAACCCAGGCAUUGUUGCAUAGUAGGUGCACAAAUGGGUCACAACAAUUUGGACCCCAAAUUUUCUUUCAGGAUGUGGGGAGGGGAAGGUGUCUUGUAUGCUUGUGCUCAUAUGCCCACCUGUUCCCUGAGAACUAUGUCCACAAGAGGAUUUAAGGCACUAGAGCUGGUAGCAAUGGGUGGUUUUUCAUUGCUGGUAGGUCUGCAGGAGACCUGAUGAUAAAAAUGUGUUACUCUUCCUAAUAACAUCCAGGAAAAGGGGUGGGGGGGGGAAGGGGUCCUUGUAAUCUGUGUUCAUUCUAUGGCUAUAUUUAAAAGCAAAAUGUAGAGUUUGUAAUAAAAAAAUAAAAACAAAAAACGUUAGAGGAGAAAGUUCUGGGCAAUAAAGUUUGUUGGCUGAA